CUUAAUCGAAAAAUGGUGUACUUUUGGGCUUCAACUUCGUUCAAAACAGUCGACAGACGUCUACGACGUUUGUAUAACCACACACUAUUUUCUAUUGUUGCUCUUCAAUGGACGAUGUCACUUGAACAUGUGUCAAAUGUCUCCCCCAUUUCAAGCGAAUGCAUAUGCGUUGACGACAGAUUGCGAUCGUAUCCGUAUUAACGAAACAAAGUGCAUAACUCAGGCAAUUAGACAACGACCACCGCGGCGACGGCCACUGCGAUGGCUGUCAACGAGGACGCAACCGCCAUGGCAGACGACGGCGCGGCCGUGAUGGGGAGGCGGGUGGUGGUGGUAGGUCGCUUGGUGGUCGUGACGUCGGGUUCAAGGGUGGGCUCGUCGGUGGCAAACGGGGGUUCGGUGGUGAUCACUUCGGUGGUGGUGGGGACCGUCGUGUUGGUGCCGUUGAGACGGGAAGUUGAUGGAGGUCUGAUGGUCGUCGUGGUCGUCGUGGUCGCCGUGAUCAUGGCAGUGGUCGUGGGGACAAUGGUCGUGACGUUCUCGUCAUCAUUGCUGGGGACGGUCGUGAUGGGGACCUUGGUGGUGGCACCCGGUGUCGCAGUAGGCACGUCGAUGGCUUGGGACUUGGCCACGACCCAUCCCUUGAAGUCGAGUUGCAGUAGCGUUUUCACCGGCACACCCCACCAUUCGCAGUUGGCGGGGAUGGUCAGUCCCUGCAACUCCUUGACCAGCGCCGCGCAGUUGGGGUUCGCCGUGGCUUUGGCCAGUUGAGAUUCCGUCGGGGUCAGCGACGGGCUCGUGAUGAAUUCCGACAAGGAGAACCCAAUCACCUGGGUGCAUGGGAUCGCGUUUGCCGAGUUUUGAGCGGUGGACACAACUUGGUUGAUCUGGGCCGUGGUGCAUUGAAGGGCCGACGCAGAAGACGCGGCAAGCACCAUCACGGCGGUGGCGGCGGCAGAGCUCGAAGCGCGCAUGUUGAUGAUGGAGUCGAGGAGAG